UUGAGGCAGGUGCACCCUGAUACCGGUAUCUCCAACAAGGCCAUGGCCAUCCUGAACUCAUUUGUCAACGACAUUUUCGAGCGCAUUGGUACGCCCUCCUCUACUUUUUCAUUGUGUCUGACUUUCAUAGCAGUGUUGAGGCAGGUGCACCCUGAUACCGGUAUCUCCAACAAGGCCAUGGCCAUCCUGAACUCGUUUGUCAAUGAUAUCUUCGAGCGCAUUGGCAUACCGGCACUCAGUGGCAUCUCUCGUCUAUUACUACCAGCGCUCACCGGCUUUUCUCGUAUAUUUGUUGAUUGGCGACUGGCAUGA